AUGAGUGCAGUGGGCUUAGCGCUCUUAGGGCUUGUUCUGAGUUUUAAGGCCACCAUUGCUGAGCCAGAGGAGGGCAACCUUUGCUCUAAGAGUCAGGUGGCCUUCAGAGAUGCUUGCUAUGAAUUUGUGCCACUUGGACGGACCUUCCAUGGUGCCCAGGGCUGGUGCGAGGAGCAAGGAAGCCAUUUGAUCUUCAUCCGAGAUGAAGGCACCCAGCAGUUUCUGCAGAAGCACAUCUCCCAAGACAGGGAAUGGUGGAUUGGACUCAUAGGAAACCUGGCAUCGAAUGGAACCACAGAAGGGCUGGGCACUUGGCUGGAAACCUCCAAUGUGACCUACAGCAACUGGGGUGGAGGACAGGCCAUGCUUGGCCCCGAUGCCUGCAGCUACAUCGGGAAAGGCCCCUUCUCCCAGUGGGCCACCACAGACAACUGCUCCCUAGAGUUCGCCUUCAUCUGUGAAUCUGGGCUCGGCCAGAGCCUGGACUGUGAUGGCUCCAAUGCCACCAUGCACUGUGGCUCUGGAGACAUCAUCCAGAUGCAGGAUGCCUUCUACGGGCGCCAGACCCCUCACUAUUGCACCUGGGACGCUGGGCACCCUGCAGACCUGGAGGAGGAAUGCAGCUGGGUCAACGUGAAGGAUGAGGUAGCAGGCAUCUCUGUCUAUAGCAUGGAGCAGGGAAGCUCCAUUGCUGGACACAGAAACCAGUCCUGUUUGUCCAGCAAUGUGACCUACCAGUUCACAUCUCCUGGAGAAUUCACAGUGUUUGCUGAGUGCACCACCAGUGAGUGGCACGUGACAGCUCACAAGCAAGUGACAAUGCGAGACAAGAUGGAGAGGCUCAGUGUGACUGGGUGUUCCAGCCUGUCCAUGUCUGGGAACAGCCCUCUCUGUCGCACUGUCUUUGGGGACUCUCUCUGGAUUCAGGUGGAGCUCGAUGGAGGAACAGGGGUCACUUACACCAUGCUGUUGGGUAAUAUAACCCUGACACAGUGCACCACCCUGAGGGGCCCACUUCCCCAUAAUCUGACCCUGGACAGAGCAGGCCAGCAGCUGGUGGGCCCUGGGAUGCACCAGCUGGAGAUCCGAGCCAUCAGCAACACCACCACCUCUGAGCUCUCUGGCAACAUCACCGUCCACUUGGUGGAGCCACUGUCGGGGCUACAGGCCUCUUGGACUUCUGACAAUUUGGAACUUGGACAGGACCUACUGAUCAACAUCUCAGUGGCUCGUGACACUCCUGAGAAACUGACCUUUGAGGUGACAGGACUCAACAGAAACUUCUCCCACGAGGAAGAGAGCUUUGGGGAACCAUUUGGGAUUUAUCAUGUGGCGGUUCCUAUAGAGGGCACCUUCCUGGUCACUGUGCUGGUGAGGAAUGCCUUCUCCAACUUGAGUUUGGUAAUUGGAAGCAUCACUGUCUCAGCUCCCCCCGGUCUCCAAGAACCACCUGAGACAAAUGUGGAAAAAGAUAAAGAAAAAGGGAAAACCAGGGUGUAUGUUGAACCUGAUCGAUAUGUGGAUCCUUUCACAACAGUGACUCUGGGCUGGCCAGACAAUGACAAGAAUUUACACUUCCAGUGGUCAUGUGGGCACUGCUGGGCUCAGUGGAGCAACUGUGUUCAGAGGCAGCUACUUCACACAGACCAGAGGGAGCUGCUGGUUCCGUCCUCCUGCCUGCCACCACCAGACUCUGCUGUGACCCUGCGCCUGGCUGUCUGGAGAGGACAGAAACUGGAGAACAGGGAGGAGCAAUGCGUCUACGUGUCUGCACCCCGGGAACUCAGGCCUCGAGUCAGCUGUGAGCAGAACUGUGGGCCAGUGAGUGCUGACGAAGACAUCAUGCUCAGAGUCACAACGGGAGGCGAUGCCCCUAUGGCCACAUUCAGCUGGUAUUUAGAUGACACUUCACCAGAGAAGGCUGAGCUCCUCCCAGCUGCCUGUACAUUCAGAGGAUUUUGGCCAAGUUCUCUAAGCCUCCUUCAGAGCAACAGCUCCACCCUGCGUCUGAACAGCUCCUUCCUGAAGUCCUGGGGAGAAGGUGUUCGCAUCAGAGCCACAGCACUGACCAGGAACACCUAUGGGCAAGACACCUAUGUGAUCAGCACCCUGCCUCCCCCUGAGGUGCCAGCCUGCACCAUCACCCCCAAGGAGGGCACUGUCUUAACGAACUUCGCCAUUGUGUGCAAUGCCUCCACAGCCCUGGACCCAAUGGAGUACUGCUUCUGUCUGGAAUCAGGCUCUUGCCUACACUGUGGCCCUGAACCAGCCCUCCCAUCAGUUUAUCUGCCACUUGGAAAGGAAAGCAAUGCCUUUGUCCUGACAGUGGUCAUUUCUGUCACCAACCGUGCAGGCAGCAAGCAGCAGACCCAGGCCACUGUUAAGGUGGGGCUUGCAGACGCACGUGUGGAGGAUGCAGCAUUUCAGGCUUCAAUGGCAGAGACCAUUACUACCACUCUGGAAGGGGAGCGUGGCCCUGAGCAGCUCUUCCAGCUGGCCAAGUCCGUGUCUUCUGUGCUGAACCAGGAGCGUCCAGGGGACGACUUUGGGCAGCCACUGGAAAUGGAUGCCAGAAAGAAGGUCAGAGAGCGUGUGCUGGGGUCUCUGUCUGCCAUCACCGGCAACCUGGAGAAAAUGCAAAGAGUGCAGAGGCUGGCUGAGGUGCUGAGAGAGGUGACUCAGCACAGUGAAGAGCUCACAGCCUGGGCCCAGUGGGAAGCCAGCCAGGCUCUCCAGCAUGCCAGUGAGGCCCUGUUGGCAGCCAGUGCCAGGGCCCAUCCUGAGGACCAGAGGCGCCAGUCGGCCACCAGGGACCUCUUUCAGGCUGUGGGCAGCGUGUUGGAGGCUUCUGUGAAUGACAGAUCAGAAGAGCCCACAGAGGGCAACAGCAGUCAGACUGCCACAGUGCCACAGCUGCUCAGAGUGGUGAGGCAUGUGCAGAUGGCCCUCCUGCUGGGAAGACUGCCUGGGGGCCUGCCAGCCAUGCUGGCCACCCCCUCUGUCUCCGUGUAUUCAAACAGAAUACAGCCCUGGAGCUGGCCAGGCCCCUCCGUGCACGUCGCUGAUGCUAACUCUGCAACCUUCACUCUGCCUGCUGCCUCAUUCCUCAGCAACAUGGUGGAUGGCCGUGAGCCUGUGGACAUAAGGAUGAUGAGUUUCCCAAGGAGCCCCUUUCCAGCUCACGGUCACUUUGAUGUCAGUGGGACUGUUGGUGGCCUCUGUCUGACCAGCCCUAGUGGACAGCUCAUACCUGUGAAGGAUCUGCGAGGGAAUAUUGAGAUCCUGCUGCCCCGGCUUUUGGAAGGUCAUGGGGAGCCAACUGCAUUGAACUUGACUGGCCCUGAGGCUUUGAGGGUGAACCUGACUUCAGGGAAGGCAGCUUUGGGGAUACAUCUGCACUGGAGACCUAGAAUCCCACUCACACUCAGCCUGGGCUAUGGCUACUACCCUAACAAGACCACCUAUGAUGCCAAAAUUCACCUUCCUCCCACAGCUGAUCCAGAUGGACUGUCCAUGUGGAUCCUGAGCCCUGAGGACCUGCAUUUUGGAGAAGGUGUCUACUACUUAACUGUGGUCCCCACUGGUGACCUGGAACUGGCAGCUGGCAGGGACCUCACAGUUGGCAUCACCACCUUCCUGUCCCAUUGUGUGUUCUGGAAUGAGGUCCAGGAGACCUGGGACAGCUCUGGGUGCCAGGUGGGACCACGGACCACCCCUUCCCAGACACACUGCCUCUGCAACUACCUCACCUUCUUUGGAAGCACGUUUCUGGUGAUGCCCAAUGCCAUCGACAUCUGCCAGACUGCCGAACUCUUUUCCAUCUUCGAGGACAACCCCGUUGUCGUGACCACAGUGGGCUGCCUCUGUGCUAUCUAUGUGCUGGUGGUGAUCUGGGCGAGGAGGAAGGAUGCUCAGGACCGGGCCAAGGUUAAGGUCACAAUGUUGGAGGACAAUGAUCCCUUUGCCCAGUACCACUACCUGGUGACAGUCUACACCGGACACCGGCAGGGAGCAGCCACCUCCUCAAAGGUGACAGUCAGUCUGCAUGGCCUGGAUGGAGAGAGUGAGCCCCACCACCUGGCAGACCCUGACACCCCAGUGUUUGAGCGAGGAGGAAUGGAUGUCUUCUUGCUCUCCACCUUGUUCCCCCUCGGGGACCUGCAGAGUCUCAGGCUGUGGCAUGACAACUCAGGGGACCAGCCGUCUUGGUACGUGAGCCGGGUGCUGGUCCAUGAUCUGGCAAUGGAUCGGAAGUGGCAUUUCCUCUGCAACUCUUGGCUGUCCAUCGAUGUUGGGGACUGCGUCCUUGACAAGGUAUUUCCAGUGGCUAAAGAGCAGGACAGGAAACAAUUCAGCCAUCUGUUUUCCAUGAAGUCCUCUGCGGGCUUCCAGGAUGGGCACGUUUGGUAUUCCAUCUUCUGCCGCUCUCCUCGGAGCCCCUUCACGCGUGUCCAGAGGGUGUCCUGCUGCUUCUCCCUGCUCCUCUGCACCAUGCUGACCAGCAUCAUGUUCUGGGGUGUCCCCAAGGACCCAGCUGAGCAAAAGAUGGACCUGGGCAAAAUUGAAUUCACUUGGCAGGAAGUGAUGAUUGGGCACGAGAGCUCAAUCCUUAUGUUCCCCAUCAACCUCCUGAUCGUUCAGAUCUUUAGGAACACCCGUCCUCGGGCCGCCAAGGAGCAGAAGACUGGGAACUGGGGCUGGAGGGGUCCCAGCCUGACCCCCUCCCCACAGCCAGUAGAGGAUGGUCUUUUGACCCCUGAAACGGUGACCAAGGAUAUGUGCCGACUCAUCAGGUCACUGUUUAAAGCUCUCAAAGUACCAUCCCCUGCCUUGGGCGGGGACUCAGCAAACCUGACGGACAUCAAUAAACUUCUGGCCUUGGUGGAAGACGUCAUUGGUUCACAGAACAUGGCAGGGCAGGUGUUUGGUGAGGAAGCUAAAAAAAGAGAGGACCCUUUAAUGACUGCUCUUGGGUCUGCACACAUCAAAGAGAAAAUGUGGUGCCCCACGCCCCAGGUGUCCCCUGGUGGCCCUCAGAAGGCUAGCUGCUACAGGCAGUGUCUCUACGCCCAGCUGGAGCACAUGGAGUGGGCACUGCGGCUGCUGGGGCCCCUCCGUUUCCCCCAGGGCCAGAGUCAUGCCCAGGCCCUCAGGCAGCUGCAGACCCUGAAGGGCUGCCUGGGGGUGCAGCCACGCACCGUGGGCCCAGCACACCUCAGCUCCCCACAAAUGAGAAGGACGCCUCGUGGCCUGCCCUGGUGGUGCCUCCUGGUGGGCUGGCUCCUGGUGGCAGCCACCAGUGGUGUGGCCACCUUCUUCACCAUGAUGUACGGGCUGCACUAUGGACGUACCAGCUCCCUCAAGUGGCUCAUCUCCAUGGCAGUCUCCUUUGUGGAGAGCAUGUUCGUCACCCAGCCCCUGAAGGUGCUGGGCUUUGCUGCUUUCUUUGCGCUGGUCUUGAAGAAAGUGGAGGAUGAGGAGGAGCCUGUGGUGGCCCUGGAACAACCUCUGUCUCGCCCAGAUCCCUAUGCCUUGUUCCAAGCACGAAGAAACAGCAGACAGGGUAUCUAUCAGCCACCCCUUGCCGUCGAUGUUGAGAAGAUGAAAAUCACCUGCCUCAAGGAACAGAAAGCAUUUGCCCUAAUCAUAGAAAUCGUGGUGUAUCUGGGUUUCCUGUGGAUGCUGCUACUGGUGGCCUAUGGACAGAGGGACCCCAGUGCCUACUACUUUAACAGACACCUUCAGCACAGCUUCACCCAAGGCUUUCCAGCCGUGUCGAGCUUCCGGGACUUCUUCACAUGGGCCAACACCACCCUUGUAAGCAACCUGUAUAGUCACCACUCAGGCUUUAUCACCGAUGGGAACUCCAAGCUGGUUGGCAGUGCCCGGAUGCACCAAGUGAGAGUCCAGGAAAGCUCUUGCCCUCUAGCUGAGCAGCUGCAGGCAUCUUUUGAUGGCUGCCAGGUGCCAUAUUCCCUGGAUGUUGAAGACCUGUCAGACUAUGGGGAAGGCUGGAAUGCCUCCAUCCUCAAUAGCAGCAGUGGCUUUCCCCAGGCUUGGCAGUACCAGACCCAGCACCAAUGCCGAGGGUAUCCCAUCUGGGGCAAACUCACUGUGUAUGGGGGAGGAGGCUACACAGUCCCCUUGGGGACUGAUCGCCAAAGUGCUUUAAGAAUUCUCCAGUAUUUUUUUGAUAACACCUGGCUGGACACCCUGACCAGAGCUGUGUUUGUGGAGUUCACUGUUUACAACACCACUGUCAACCUGUUCUGCAUUGUCACUCUGACCCUGGAGACCAACGCCCUGGGAACAUUUUUUGCACAUGUGAACCUGCAGAGCCUCCGCCUGUACCCCUUCACCGAUGGCUGGCAUCCCUUUGUGGUGGCAGCAGAGGCCCUCUACUUCCUCUUCCUCCUCUACUACAUGGUUGUGCAGGGCAAGCUCAUGAGGAAGCAGAAAUGGUGCUAUUUCUGCAGCAAGUGGAAUCUCUUGGAGCUGACCAUCAUCCUGGCCAGCUGGAGUGCCCUGGUGGUGUUUGUGAAGAGGGCCGUCCUGGCAGAGUGUGACAUCCAGCACUACCGGGGCCACAGAGAGGAGGGGAUCAGUUUCAGUGAGACAGCAGCAGCUGAUGCUGCCCUUGGCUACAUCAUCGCCUUCCUGGUCCUCCUGUCCACAGUGAAGCUAUGGCAUCUGCUCAGGUUGAACCCCAAAAUGAACAUGAUCACAUCAGCCCUGCACCAUGCCUGGGGGGACAUCUCAGGCUUUAUCGUUGUUAUUGUUAUCAUGCUCCUGGCUUACUCCAUCACGUCCCAUUUAAUAUUUGGAUGGAAGCUCCGAUCCUACAAAACUCUCUUCGGUGCAGCAGAAACAAUGAUCAGCCUUCAGCUGGGAAUCUUCAACUAUGAGGAGGUUCUCACUGAUAGCCCAGUGCUUGGCUCCCUCCUGGUCGGGUCCUGGAUUGUGUGCAUGACAUUCGUGGUGUUGAAUCUGUUUAUCUCUGUCAUCCUGGUGGCCUUCAGGGAGGAGCAAAAAUACCAUCAGCUGUCGGAGGAAGGAGAGAUUGCCGAUUUUCUGCUGAUGAAAAUACUCAGUUUCCUAGGCAUCCGAGGUAAAAGAGAGGCACCUCAAAGCUGCAGUGAGAAGUGUGGGGAGCUGACAGAGCCUGGGCGCCCUCAACUGGCACAUGCUGCACCCAAGGCCCGGCCCAGCCACCCCUGUCUGGAGCCCUUCUCACUGCCGGGGCGCAGCCCCCAUAACAAGCAAAGCCCCCAGCUGCCGAUCGAGCACUUCCACUCGCCCGGAGGCGGCCACGAGACCCCGCCCCAUAUGCACGCUCUCCCGCUCGUCGCCCUAUCCGGGACCGUGUCCGGUCUGGGGGUCCCCGCCUCCCGCGCGCAACCCUAUUGUCCGCGGCCCGCCCCGCUCCACGGCCCAGCCGGCUUGCUCCGGUCCCGGGCCUCCCCGUCCGGCCGCCGGGAGCCAAAGUCCUGCGCGGCGACCCUCCGCACCCUGUGA